AGGCCAAAUUCGACGCCGCCGCCGCCGCCGCCAAAAUGUCGCCAAUCGCUCUCCCGUUGCUUGCGGUUGCUGUGCUGCUCGCCGCCGCCGACGCACAGAGCAACUGUAAAACUGUCCUGUUUGGCGUCACAACUAGUGAUCCAAUAAACUUCAUACCAGCCCAAUAUCAGAGUGGAGGCGCACGACUCUUUAUGGAUAAUGAAUGUCAAAAGCAGCAACGAAGAAUGUUAGCGGGCGAGCUGGUUACGGUGUGCGAUUAUAAUCCGAACGGCGUCGCGCCGGACAUCAUUGAAGCCUACCCUCCCCAGUUCUCGCCCGUGGACGUGAGGUGCCCCGACGGCUGCCCCAGUGGCGGUGUUGCAAAAAUUGUGCAAUAUUGUUAUUAAUCAGUUAAUCUUUGAUUAAAUAUCAGUAACAAAAA